AUGCCUUCCUUCCUCAAGGACCUCAGCAUUCGCCGACGCUCGAAAGCUUCCUUUCAAACCCCCGAGAGCGGUCCAUCAUCCGGCAACUCCAGCAAUGAUGGCGAGGUCGCCGAGACUCCGCAGAACCGCAACAAAUCCUCCUCCACCCUCAGCUCGUGGUUCGACAGACAAUCUCCCGCCACCACCCUCUCCUCCAACAAGACCAGCCGAUCGAGCAGCAAUCUCGCCGGCAUGAAUGGCGCAGGCACCAAGACACCCCCACCCGUCCCCCUCAACUCGCGCCCGGGCCUGCGCACCAGCCCCAGCAGCAGAUACAGCAUCGUUGGCAUGCCCAGUCAAAAUGGCGAUGGUACUCCACGCCCUACACCUGCCACCUCUCCCUUUGCGCCCAGAAUCCUCUCGGUCUCUGAUGGCUCUUGGGUGCAUCAGAAAGUUCUCUUGCUCUUUGGCCAAUGCGCCGACCCUCAGUUUCCGAUUGACGGCAGCUUGACCCUCUACCAUCACGGCGACCACUUCCCGCCCACUCAAUGGCCAGUGUGCGAUUCGCAUUUCAAGGCGCUCGUCUACCUGCAACCCGGCCCCAACCGUUUGCGACUCGAAUUCUUCUCCCCCAAACUCUCCAACCCGAACGGACAGAUGCAUGCCCACUCCUCGUGGAUCAACAUCAACUUCCUUCCCCUCAUCGCUUCCCCACCUUUGCAAUUGUGCAUUCUCGUCGCCAAAGACUCCCCCGAAACCUACGAUGCCGUGCCAGAGAGAGUUCAGAAAGAAGGCAACGGCCUGGCAACAGCGGUGCGCAAGUUCCGCAUGGCCGCUUAUCUGUGGCAAGCUUUUACGGCCGAGCAAAUGAAUCGCAACGGCUUUGGCAGAAGAAGCUAUCGCUAUGAGGAGGAAUGGCAACCGGGAACGUUGACAUGGAAGGACAUCGAGAGCGGAAAGAUGCGCAACGAGGCCAAGAUCCACGUCGUGCGAAUGCCGCAGACGGUCGCGGAGAUACAAGACCUGGACAUCGCACAACAGUACGACUCCGCGAAGAGGAAGGGGCAGCUGUUUGACAUUGCCAAAGACGCGGUGCGUGCCUAUUUUGGACCACGACCCGGUCAGCCGCAGUACGUCAGCUGCAUGUUCCUCGAUACACACUGGGACAAGAAGGUCGGCACAAUCCGAGGCCAUGCUGCUCUGGGCGGAGGGGACGAGAGCAUCAAGCUGGCCAUAUUCGGCUCGCAUUGCUUGCAGUCCUAUCCCGCGCACAUUGAAGAGGUCGUCCCUGCAUUUUCCGACUGCACGCGAACCGAUACGAACCAUGUCGCCAACGACUGCAACGAAUCUGGCAGCAACUGGGAGGCGGCGAACAUCGGCAUCGGGGCGCAUCUCCACGAAAAUGGCCACUUGUUUGGCUGCCCGCAUCAAGAAUCCGGCCUCAUGUUACGAGACUACACGAGACUCAACCGCACAUUCACGUGUCGAGAGCCGUACUCCACCAGGACAAAGCAACAAGGACAGCGAUUGUGCCUACCCAAAGACGAGUGCACAUGGCAUCGAUUAGACGUGUUGCGCUUCCGGUUCCACCCCUGUUUCGUGCUUCCCAGCGAUUCCUCGACCGCAAACAUCGACGCGAGCGUACAAGUGUGGAGCGUGGAGAGCGGCGCAGUCCUCAUCACAGCCGCCAGCGGCGUCGCUUGGGUCGAGCUGUACCCCGAAGGAGACACCGAGUGCCAUCAUUGGAUCGAGUACUUCGAAGAAAGCGGAUCUCCCUCUGGCGCACCGCGACAGGUCACGCUGGGCGAGAAGGAGCUGAAAGAGACCCUACCCGAAGGCAAGCGCAAGAAGAAGCUCAAGAUAAAGGUUUUCUCCUGCGGCGGCGCCGAGCACGAAGUCGAAGACCUCGCCAAGCUCACCAGCAAGGAAAGCAACGUCAAGCUCCCCGACGGCCGCACCGGCUUCAAGGGCGCGAAGCUCGGCUUCUCCGGCACGGAUGGCUCUAAGCCCUCGCAAGCCAUGCUGCUGACGAGCAUGAACAAGCCCAUGAUGUUGCUCUCCGUCCGCGUAUACCACGGCCGUAGCGUGGACGGAAUCGAGUUCUUCUACGAAGAAGGUCGCAGCGAGCUGUUUGGCAACCGGGGAGGGAAGCCGGGCGGGAGCGAUUUCGCGCUCGACCGUAUGAAGGCCGAGACGAUCAUCGGGUUCUACGUGCGCGCGGGCGCGUGGAUUGAUGCCGUGCAGAUUCUGACGAGUACCGGGCGGCGCAGCGAGGUGUUUGGUAAUGCCACUGGUGGAUCGGGUCACACUCUUAUCCCUCCUCGCGGAUACAGCAUUGCGGGCAUCUACGGCACUUGUGGACAAUGGGUCGAUGGCUUGGGACUAAUCAUCACUCGGUAA